AUGGUGGGGGCGGCGGCAGCGGAAAUGUCUAACAUCAGAGACAAAUAUUUGUCAUUGUUUUUCGCGCCGAUUUCAUAUUUCUCUUCUUUCGCUUUCCUCUCAAUUUUCCUCCAUAUUCUCUCUGCAUAUUUUCCCUCCUUUCGACCUCCCACCAUCUAUCACACUCUACUCUCUUCUUCCCCCCUUCUCUAUCUCUCUUUUUCUUCACACUUUUUUCUUUCAUCCACGCUCUCUCUUCCUUUUUCAAUCUCCCCCUACACCUCCUUUUCUGUCACUUCCCCCACUGGACGCCAUUUUUUAUAUGAAUUUUAUAUGAAUAUUAAUCGACUCGAAGGCGGCGCUGAAAAUGGCCGUCGCUUUCACUGUUUUUUUCUUUCCCCCGCUUCCCGCGCUCCUACCAAAUGCGCGCGUUUGUGUACCGCCUUCCGCCUAUCCCUCACCUCUUCUUCAUCCUCUUUCUAUUCCUACCACUUGUCUCGUGCUGCCCUUGUGUCACUCUCUGCGGCCCUGUCAUCACUCUUUCUUUUAUCUCGCCGUUUUAUUCUAACAUUCCCCGCUCCACAUCGUUUUAGUCUUCUUCUUCUGCCCUUUCUCUCACAUCAUUAUUUCAAACAAGGGAAUUUGACUUUUUCAUUCUUUUUUCUUGAUAUUUUUCUUCCUGUUUUCGUUUAUUUUCUCUCUCUCUCUCUCUUUCUCUCUCUCUCUCUCUCUCUCUCUCUCUCUCUCUCUGUACUUAUUUUCCUCCCUUCUAUCUUUUUAUUUUCUCCCUUUUCUCUCCCUAUACAUUUUGCUCUCGUUUUCUUUUCUUCCUUGUUCCCCUUCUCUUUUCUUUAUUUCUUCUACCCUUUCUCUCUUUGUUUCAUCAACAUUUCUUCUUACUCUUUGUUUUCUCUCUCUCUCUCUCUCUCUCUCUUUCUACUUAUUUUCUUCCCUUCUAUAUUUUUACUUUCUCUCUUUCCUCUCUCUAUACGCUUCUCUGUCCAUUCUUUUCCCUGUUUGUUUCCUCUCCCUUUUCUCUAUUUUUCCUAUCCAUUCUCUCUUUGUUUCGUCAACAUUUUAUCUCCCAUUCUCUUUUGGUUUCCUCUCUCUCUCUCUCUCUCUCUCUCUCUCUUCUCUCUCUCUUUUUUUUUUUUUUCCUUUCUGUAUCUUAUUCCUCUUGCUCUCUCAAUCUUCCUUUCCUUUCUUUUUUUACCUUUAUCUCUCUCCUUUCCUUUUUACUAUCGAACAUCGGCAGUCAAAACACUUCAAUGUUACGUCAUCAUGUAUCUGUCUACUGCUACUAUCCCCAUAUCUAGACGUUACUACUCUUUCUUUACCUUUUUUCUUUCUCCCUUUCUUCCUCUGCCUAUUUUGUCUUUUCACGAUUAUACUUUUUCCUUUUUUCCGUUUUUCUUCCCUUCUUUUCCUCUGCCUUAUUCUUUCUUUUUUUUUGAUUUUCUUUUAUUUUACUUUCUUUUUUCUUUCUUCUUUUUUCUUCUUUUUUUUUUUUACUUUCUUUCUGUAUUUCUUGAUUUUUCUUUCCUUUUGCUUUCUUUCUCUCUUUUUCUACGAUCUUCCGUUUAUAUGUGUGUAAAAGAAUCACUUGUCACACUUACCUCAAAUGAGGACGUCUCUUCUCACGGCACACUGAACCCCGAUUUGCCAUUCUUGUAUCUCCUUCCUCCAUUGAAAGGUGAAGCAGCCUCGCCCAUCUGUCAGCCAUGUGUCACGCCACGUGACCCUGGCACCUACAGAAAAUAUUCGCAAACAUCCAUUGCUGAUAUCCCCCCUCUCACCCGUCUUUUACACUUGCACUCAGAGAUUCUUCACUCCACUUAA